AUGGCAAAGAAGAGAAAGCAGGUGAUACAAGUUGAAGGAGAAGUUCAGCCUACAGGCCCCUACUUCUCGUGGGAUGAGAAGCUUAAUGCAUUGCUCAUACAAUGCAUGGUGGAGUUAGUACAAAGACAUCAAGUUGAAAACGGUUCCUUUAAGAAUGGGACCUUUUCUGAGCUCCAAACCAUGAUGGAGGAGAGGGCUCCAGGUUGUGGUGUGCAGGUUGAACCGCAUAUCCGUAGCAGACACAAGAAAUUGAAGGACUUUCAUGCUGUACACUUGCUGAAAAAUCAGAGUGGUUGUGGGUGGGAUGUUGCAACCUCUACUCCAACACUAGAUGAUGACGUUUUUGCAAGUGUAGUUAAGGUUUUCCCAAACUGCAAAAAUAUGAACAGGAAGCCUUUCCCAUUCUAUAAUGACCUAUUGAAAGUGUUUGGGAAGGUUGGACCUGCCAAUGGAAAGAAGACUUUUGGUCUGACUGAUGAUGUUGACUCCCCAGUGGUUGAUGUACUUGCAUUUGUUGACUUGGAUGGGCUUCAGACGCCGAGUGUAGAGAGGUUUAUGGAGGAUUUGAUAAAUGAAGGGAUUGAGAGUCAGAGGGUCACUCCUCCAUCUCCUGCAGCUGUGCCUCCACCUCUAGCUGCUGUUCAUCCAGGAGAAGGGAGCAACAAGAGGGCUAAGAAGAUAGAGAGUAAGACCGAUGAUGCUAUUGCUGCUGUAGCUCAAGAACUGUGUGGAUUGAAGCCUGUCAUAUCCAAGACACUUGAUGCUCUAGGCACCAUUAUAGAAGACCGUGAGGAAGACACUGGAAAGGAAGCUGCAUUGAUGGCUGAGAUUGGGAAAAUAGAAGGCCUUGGACGCUGCCAAGUGCUAGAUGCUGCUAUGGCAUUAGUUGAGAAUGAUCGCAAGAUAAGACUUUUCUUCUCUCUUGAUAAUGAGGAGGAUCGAAAGUACUUCAUUCACAACUUACUGCGUUGA